UGCAACACCCGGAAUAAAAGAAGAGGAACGUAUUAGGAUAUAAAUAGUGAUAAGAUGUAGUAGAGACCUCGCGUUGUCAGAGAAGGGAAAGAAAAAAGACACAGAGAAGAGACCUUGAGUUUGAAACUCGGAAUUGGACAUAACCUGCAGAACAGGCAACGACAAUCCUAACCCGAUAUGGCACAGAGCUCUUUUGCCGAAUAUGCUCGGGGAAACUUUGCGGUUUCAAGGACCAUUAUUGAGUUAGAGCCUUGGAAAGCCAGAGGAUGGGGUGGGAUAUUUGAGAAGUUGCAGGAGACUGCCGUGAAGGACAAUGUGAAGGCUUGGAUUGAGGCGAGGCCUGACAUUCUUGACAAGGAGAUAGCCAUGAGAAAGAUGGAACCAUAUUUUAAGAGAUGCAAACGUGAACUUCGUGCUUGUCCAGAAGCUAGGGAAUUGAGGCAAAAACGUCCAAACUUUGUCCCAGUGAUUGUGGAGAAGCAUGGAAGGAGUGACAUUCCUGACAUUGAGUUGGUGAAAUUCAAUGUCCAUGGUGAGCUGCCACUUGGGGAAUUUGUUUAUUAUAUUCGGGGACGGAUCGGGUGGCUCAACGUAGACAACAUAGACAAGCCUAUAUUUGUCUCUUUUAAGAACACAGAACCUCCAGCUGGUGCCUUGAUGUCUGAAGUCGAUGUGGAAAACAAGGGUGAAGAUGGAUUUCUUCACGUGACCUACAGUGGAGAAGGGAAUGCCCCUGAAUCCAUCAAUCAUGAGCAAGAAUGGAGAGAGAAGACAAUGCCUGGACCUGACUUAUUGUUGCGGAGAGGGAGAGGGCUUGGUGUGAAGACAAUGCGGGAGCUCUCUCAGUCAUUGAUUCGACUACAUGCUUAGUCAUUUUAGUUUUAAAUCCUGCUUAGUAAUUAUGUUUAUGUCUAAUUCUGGUUAUGUGCCAAGACGAGGAAGAGGUGUUUUGAGUCUGUACUUUUGCUAAAUCUACAAAACUUUCCCCAUACAUAAUC